AUGUUCAAAAACUCCGCAGCAUGGCUAACUUCAAACAAGGCUCGUCCUCUGCAAGUCAAAUCGGCUCCAUACACCAGGCCGCGCGAAGCAGAAAUCGUGAUCCGCAAUUACGCCACAGCAAUCAAUCCAAUCGACUGGAGGAUACAAGACAUGGGAACAGCUAUGAUGUACAAAUGGAUCGAAUACCCUUGUAUUCUGGGGUCUGAUGUGGCUGGCGAGGUGGUCGAGGUUGGACCCCAGGUGACACGCUUCAAAGUGGGAGACCGCGUGGUCGGUCAAGCGGUUGGGAAGGCUGAGAUUCGCAAUCGGGAUGCCGAAGGCGCUUUCCAGCUCUAUGUGGUUCUAUUGGACCACAUGGUUUCACCAAUCCCGGACUCCUUGCCCUAUGAAAAUGCGGCUGUAAUUCCUCUGGCUGUGGCUACGGCCGCCUGUGGCCUCUUCCAGGCGGACCAGCUUGGACUUCAACUCCCUUCGGCAAGUCCCAAGCUCAAGGGCGAAACCUUGCUAAUCUGGGGCGGUUCCACCAGUGUGGGGAGUUGUGCUAUUCAGCUCGCUGUGGCCGCUGGUUACGAAGUUUUUGCCACGGCAUCGCCUAAGAAUUUCGACUAUGUCAAAAACUUGGAGCAAACUGUCGUCGAUGAUAUUGUGAAGGCCUUUCAGGGGAAGACGUCAGCUGGCGCAAUUACGAUGGCUUCAGCUGGAACAGAGCGUUGCAUGGAUAUUCUCAACCGUUGCAGCGGAAAGAAAUUCGUUUCCUUGGCCGCCUAUCCAGUUCCUGUGACUCCUCCUAAGCAUUUUCAGGUCCUUCAAACCAUGUUUACGUUCAUCACCCGGAGUUUCGUCUAUUGGUUCAAAUCUAAAACCAUGGGCGUCAACUAUAACCUUAUCUUCGCCACGACUCUGAUCGAGAAUGGGAUCGGCAAGUCGAUCUUUGCGGAUUAUCUUCCUCAUGCACUGAAAACGGGCAAAUUCCAGGCGUCUCCCGAGCCAAUGGUGGUGGCCAAUGGACUGGAGGGUAUUCAAGAUGCCAUGGACUAUCAAAAGACCGGGGUAUCUGCAAGGAAGGUGGUGGUCUCUCUGAAAAACUGA